ACUAUUUGAAAAUGACAAGAAGUGUAUUAGGGAGACAAGAAAAAAAUUUAAAUAACAUAUAUCCUGUUUGUUGUAAAAUUGGCAUUUUCAAGUCAAAAGGCUCAACACUGGGCCUGUCAAAGUCUUUUGGGAUUCCAUCCUUAAUAAAGUCAGUUAAUUAUGUGACUCGAGUUCGAAUCGAGUCCAAAUUAUAUUACCCGGAUACACACAUCUGGUGGCUGAAACAGGCUAUCAACAAGAAAAUUAUGCGAAAUAGUGAUCUGUUCUAAGUCAACCAACAAGAAAUUCCAAGGAAAAGACCAAGAGAAUAUAAAAUUCUUCUGCAAUGACUCUGUUUUUCAGACUCACAAUGAAACUAAGUCUGACGAUGAAAUAAAACUGCUCAGUUAGGCAAUUAAAAUGGACGCACUGUUUCUGCAUUCACCAACCAAUCGGUUUGUUUGAAUGGAAAACACGGGAGCUGAUUACAACAGAGGAGCGCGCAUCGCACAGCGCAGGGUUGCGCACAGAGCGGACGUAGCUGCGACACUGGCGAGGCAGAGGCGCGACUACAGCCGAUAAGAUGCGGUGAAAAGCCACGCUUUUUUUUUUUUUUUAAUCAAGGAGCGUCAGGGCAGAGGGAAAUUAAAAGGAAAAAUGUCCAAGAUGAGCGCGAUCCAGGCUGGUAACGAAGGGAAGGUGGAUAGCGGCAGAGGCAGCCUCACCGCCAUCAGCGGCGGCGGCGGCGGCGGGGGCUCCCCGAGGCUCCUGCAGCGCGCUCAGCCCAACAGCAGCAGCCGGGCCAAAGAUACCAGAAAUCAGCAGCAGCAGCUUCAGCAGCAGAGGCAUCAUGGUGGGCCGUUGCUGAAACAACCAUCCCACAACGAGCCAGCUGACGUCGUGAGGCGGGCGCUGGACUUUAAGAGCCAAGGCACUCAGUGCUACAAGGAUAAGAAAUACAGAGAGGCGAUCGGCAAGUAUCACCGCGCUCUGCUGGAGAUAAAGGGGCUGUGCAGGGUGCUGGGGGAUCCAGACCCCAGCUCCAAGUCCACGUCCACCCUCCUGCCGACCAUCAGCAAGUCCAGCACGCUGACAGAUGAGCAGAAGGGGGCGAUGGAGAAUGCAGAGCUGGAGUGUUACAACAGUCUGGCAGCUUGCCUUUUGCAAAUGGAGCUGGUGAACUAUGAACGAGUGAAGGAAUACUGCCUCAAAGUGCUUCUCAAGGAAGGGAAGAACUUCAAAGCCCUUUACCGAUCUGGAGUGGCCUACUACCAUCUAGGAGACUACCAGAAGGCCUUGUACUAUCUGAAGGAGUCACACAAACAGGAGCCUUCAGACACAAAUGCCAUCCGCUACAUCCAGCUGACAGAGAUGAAGAUUCGCCGAAAUGCCCAAAAAGAAAAGAAAGAGGCCACAUAAGUGUUUACCGCCAGAUGAUGCCUCACCUGUCAUGAGUUGCAGCACCACUAUGUGCCACUCAGACCUUAAACACCACCUGCCAGAGGUCUUAGUGUGAAUCCAUAUUCGUUUAGCUUUUGCUUUGGACAGCAUAUUGUUGGCAGUUUUUGAACCUUGUAGUGUGGUCUGUUGUUUUGUUUUGUUUAUCUUCAGAAAAAGAAAUGGCCCAAUAUAUUUGACAAGAAUUUUUACUCAUUAUGCUUUAACACUUGUAAACCGAUGCACUGCCAGUCUAAACAUUGCACAUGCAGGCCGACACUUGUGACAGAGAUUGGAGCGACAAGUUCCACUGUGCUGCAUGUCCUCAGGCGAGCGUCACUGCAAGUCAGCACCUGCACUCGCACAAAUUGUGUGUUGAAUGGCUUUCUAUAAGCAACAACCACCUUCACUUCUUUCACCCUUCUAUUAUUUGAUGAUUUAAAAAAUAAUUCAAAGUUUUUUUUGUCUCCUUGAUUAUAUCUGAUGUUAAGGUGCUGCCAUAACACAAAAGCAUCAAGAGCACAUGGUUGAUACCAAAUACAUAUCACAAGAUGUAAAUAGUCUACUAUGUAAAAUCCCAUGGAAAUCUAAUGAAAAGGGAAACUGUAUGUCCUUAUCAAUGCCAAAACAAAGCACUUCAUUCACAGCAUUUACUGUAACUUGAAAAUUCCUUCCUUAAAUGUAUGGUAAUAGUAUAUGUGUAAUAAAGUUGUUUAAACAUUGCAA